GUUUGAUUUCUAGAAAAUGGGUGCACUAGAUUACCUCUCCAACUUUUGCACUGUAACCAGCACUAGGACCAAGCAGAAAGCAAUGCAGACAACAGAGAUAAAAGUGAGAAUGGACUGCGAUGGUUGCGAAAGAAGAGUGAGAAAUGCAGUGAGUUCAAUAAAAGGAGUGAAAUCUGUGGAGGUGAACAGAAAGGAGAGCAGGGUGGUAGUGAGAGGAUAUGUGGAUCCAAAGAAGGUGCUGAAGAGGGUAAGAAGAACAGCUAGUUUAUUAAGAUUACCUUAG